CACUUCCUCUCCUCUGUUUUCACAGCACCGCCACCCUUUCAUUGACCACAUCUGCCCUCCUGGAGGUGUCAUACAGGUGAAAAGCUCAGCAUCUUGGCCAGGGUUAAAGUUUAUCUCAAAAAUGGAAGAAUUUAACUUCGAUAAUUUAAGCCUUGAAGAUUUCUUUGGAGAUGAUAGUAAUUACAGUUACAGUACUGGAAUACCCUCUAUUCUAUCAGAUUCUGCCCCAUGCCGGCCAGAAUCCCUUGAAAUCAACAAGAAUGUUGUGAUCACCAUCUAUGCCCUGGUGUUCCUGCUGAGCCUGCUGGGAAACACCCUGGUGAUGCUGGUCAUCUUAUACAACCGGGUCAGCUGCUCUGUCACGGAUGUCUACCUGCUGAACCUGGCCAUGGCUGACCUGCUCUUCGCCCUGUCACUGCCCAUCUGGGCUGCCUCCAAGAAAAACGGCUGGAUUUUUGGCACAACCCUAUGCAAGGUGGUCUCACUCUUGAAGGAAGUCAACUUCUACAGUGGUAUCCUACUGCUGGCCUGCAUCAGCGUGGAUCGCUACCUGGCCAUUGUCCAUGCCACACGCACACUGAUCCAGAAGCGCCAUUUGGUCAAGUUCAUAUGCCUGGGCAUCUGGGGACUGUCCCUGAUUCUGGCCCUGCCCAUUGUCCUCUUCCGCAAGGCUAUCUACCCACCCUAUUCCAGCCCAGUCUGCUACGAGGACAUUGGUAACAAUACAGCAAACUGGAGGCUCGUGCUCCGGAUUCUGCCCCAGACCUUUGGCUUCAUCCUGCCACUGCUGGUCAUGGUGUUCUGCUAUGGAUUCACCCUGCGCACACUGUUUGAGGCCCACACGGGGCAGAAGCACAAGGCCAUGAGGAUCAUCUUUGCUGUCGUGCUUGUCUUCCUGCUCUGCUGGCUGCCCUACAACCUGGUUCUGGUCACAGACACCCUCAUGAGGAUUGGGGUAAUCAAGGAGACCUGUGAGCGCCGCAAUGACAUUGGCUGGGCUCUGGAUGUCACCGAGAUACUGGGCUUCCUCCACAGCUGCCUCAACCCCCUCAUCUAUGCUUUCAUUGGCCAAAAGUUUCGACAUGGACUGCUCAGGAUUCUGGCCACCCAUGGCCUGAUCAGCAAGGACUUCUUAGCCAAGGAUGGCAGGCCUUCAUUUGUUGGCUCUUCUUCAGCGAACACUUCUACUACCCUCUAAGACCUCCUGCCUCUCUUCUAGCCCCUCGGGUUUCCUCUCUUCCUUUCAUCAUCCCAUUCUAAGCCUCAUAUAUAAUGACUGUUCACUGUCUCUGUGUCAAGGCAGCCCCCAGUGGUGGUCACAGGAAGGAACUGAGGCUGCAUCCAUAGCAGGCCUCCACUGUAGGGUUCAGAAAACCUGCUCGUGGUGUCCCACCCUAUGGCCGGUUGUUUUUAGGUGCCGUUGAGUUGGUUCUGAAUCAUAGCAAAGCCACAUACAACAGAACAAAACACUGCCCUGUCCUGCGCCAUCCCCACAAUCGUUGUUACGCUUGAGGCCAUUGUUGCAGCCACUGUGUCAAUCCAUCUCAUUGAGGAUCUUCCUCUUUUUCGCUGACCCUCUACUUUACCAAGCUUGAUGUCCUAUCUGUUUGAAAUAUGCCCUAAACUAUGCCAAUUGCUAGAACUUGGUCCAUCCUACCACUGGGCCUAUAGCACUCUGUUUUCUGAGAUAUUUUAAAGACAUUCUUUUAAGUGAUUGCAGGAAAUUCCCACCAUUGGAAACCAUUAGCGGCAAACACCAUUAGUUGCUUCCCCAACCACCAUUUUCCUCCCCUUUCUUCCUUGCUGGCAAAACCUACCUCCCUUUGAGAGAAGCUGAAAGUGACAAUCACUUCUAUGGCUCCCUUAUUAAAAAAAAAAAAAAAGUGGCCAUAUAGUCCAGCUCUGACUGAUAAUACUUAAGGGCAAUAGUGUGCUGGUAAACUGCUCUCCAGGGAAAACAAGCCUGAUUUAUAGCGUUUGCCACUUUCCAUAACGUAAAUACUCCAACCAUGACUGAUUUCAAGGGUGGCUGUGUUUAUCAACCAGCUCACAAAAUUGCUGAAAAUGUAAUAAUCUGAUCUCAUGAGCAGGCUCAAGUUGGCUCCAGUACACCACUGCUUAAGGGGAAGUCUGCUAGGGUCAGGGGGCUCCUAGAAUCUUCCUGGAUUAAGGAGAGCUUUUUUACUGCCUUGGCCACAUCCCUGCUCCCAGUCUUUGAAUGUGGCUCUAGGAUAUGAUGUGUGAUCCCGUGGCUGCUACUUUGUGACAAUGAGACAAAAGGCCCAACUCAUUAGAUGGGUGGAACCAAAGGAUAAAAAGAACUUGGAUUCAAAAAGGCAAGUUUGAAUCACUAAGCCAAUCCUGGCACCACCUACUUCCAACUUCUUGUUAAAUGAGAUAGUUAAAUGUCUUUUUUUUGUACUGUUAUAGAUUGAAUUGUGUUCCCCCAAAAGAUAUGUUGAAAUCCUAACCCUUGUAUCUGUGAAUGUGAGCCUGUUUGGAAACAGGGCCUUUGAAGGUUUUACCAGUUUUGUUAACAUGAGGUCAUACUGGAGUAAGGUGGGUCCUAAUCUUAUAUGAUUGGUGUCCUUAUAAAAGAGGAAAAGAUACACAGAGACAGAGAGACAGAGGGAAGGAUGUCACAUGAUGCUACAGCUGGGAGCUAAGGAAAGCCUGGAGCUACCAGAAGCUAAGAGAGAAGCAUGGAACAGAUUCUCCCUCAAAGUCUCAGAAGGAAUCAACACAGCUGAUACCCUGAUCUUGGACUGCCAGCUUUUGGAACUGUGAGACAAUAAAUUUCUGUUGUUAUACUAGUUUGUGAUAUUUUGUUACAGCAUCCCUGGGAAACUAAUACAUAUAUAAACCACUUUUAGUUGGGUAUUUUGUUAUUUGCAAUCGAAAGCAUCCAAAAUGCUACAGAGAGGUUGGGCAAGGGUGAGCAGAGGUCCCAAAUGAGGGUCUUCACAAUAAGUGAAUCCCUUUGCUAUUUAUUGGGUACGUAGAGAGACGAAUUGGAAUGGAGGCAGGGCUAGCCUUACCACUCCCCUCAUCUCCAGCCCAAGCCUCUUGUUGGUGAACACAUGGAAGGAAAUGUGUUCUGGGAUUAUCUAGCGUUUCUCAUGUUCUUGGGUCAAAUAGUAGUCAGGAGUAUCUUAGAAGGUGCAGAAGGUUGAGCGAGUUCACCAAAUCAGCGGGAUUGGGUAGCAGGAAGGCAGAGAGCUUUCCUAAGUUCAACCAGCAACUCCUACUUAGAGUCUCCCUUCAGUAUCUCCUCUCUUUCCCCUAAAUACAAACACAUCCAUCAUUCCGGGUUUGACAAGACAGCGGUAGUACAGAAUGGGGACAGGAUUUAUGUCACCCAGAGAAAACAAAGAAUUUGAGUCAAUAUUUAUUGAGUGCUUAUUAUUCCCAGGGUUUGGGACAUAGCAGUGACCACCACAGAAGGCCUUGCCCUGGCUCACUCAUGAGGCUUGUCUCGAAGGAGUCUUUGUCAGGAGGGGCUCUAGCUCUGACCAGCCUAAGGAAAGAUACUGAAGUGAAUGGAACUUCACAGUUACCAAACAUUUACCAAGUCUCAAUCCUCUUCAUUUUAAAACUAUCUAACCAUUAAACCAAGGAGAUAACCAUUUUCCCAGCCAUGGCUAUGAAAAGAGGCCUCUCCAGGGAGUAAAGACAAACUUCUGAGCUAGAAGGCUCCAGAAGGCAGGUAGCUACCACUCAUAACUCAGGAAAGAGCUUUUCCUUUUGCAUUCAGCAAACAGGAUUAAUUCAGUGACAAUAGCCCCCUGCUCUGUGCCAGGCACUGUGCUAAGCUCAGGAUCAGGCAUGAUUCAACUGCUCUGGCUGAGCCUUCCCAACAGCUUCUGAUUCAGCAUGAGGAAAAUGCAGGGGAACAUGUAUUUACCAAACACCCGAGUUGCCAGAGGGACCAGGCAUGUUCUGCCUGGGCAAGGCAGACAGGCCAGACAGCUCCCUGAGAUGACUCUUUGAAGGAGGAUGCCAAAUUAAGUUUCACUUGGUUCCAGGACUCUGUUCUUUCCUCUUCUACCCAGGGCUGGAGGAAGCAGCGUUCUCCAAGGAAAAUAAGAGAAUGCAAUAAGCCCUGAAGAAAUGAAGCAGAGAGUGAAUUUCACUUACGUGACCUCAGUUAAUAUUUGUCUCUGUCUCUGGCUUGCUGUCUCUCAUAAGGACAGUCUAAGCACAAAUAAUUUACCAACCAAACCAUCACCAAAAACCAAAACCCACCGCCACCGAGUCAAUUCUGACUCAUACUGACCCUAUAGGGCAGAGUAGAACUGCCCCAUUGGGUUUCCAAGGAGUGGCUGGUGGAUUCGAACUGCUGACCUUUUAGUUAGCAGCCGAGCUCUUAACCACUCAAAUCUAGGGCCAGCCUUUGAGUCAGUCAUGGAUUUCUUUCUUGUCUCUGCUGUGUCCCAGCCUAAGUCCCCCAGUCUCAGGGUCUAGCUGCUUUCUGCCUAGACUUGUCUGCUCAUUCUGAGCUGGUCCCUCUUGCUUCCCAAGAUGUGUUCCUCUAAAACCAGCUGCUGUUGAUUCUGACUUACGGCGACCCCAUGUGUAUCAGAGUACAGCUUUGCUCCCUAGGGGUUUCAAGGGCUGAUUAUUCAAAAGUAACUCACCAGGACUGUCUUCCGAGGUGCCCCUAGGUAGACUCGGACCAUCAACUUUUUGGUUAGCAGCCAAACAUGUUAACCGUGUACACCACCCAGGGACUCCUGUGUUCCUUUAUUUACUUCUUUUUCUCUGUUUUAUUAUCUGUUUUUAUCUGUCUCCCCCCAGCUUACGACUUCUCUCACCACCACAAUCCCUCUCCAGUCUCUGCAGGAUGGGUUCCCUUUGUUCAUUAAAUCAAGACAGCCUCCAGCCUCCCUUGGGUGAUAUUAAGAUACUCCUGAUUUAUAUGUCACUCUCAAAGUCAUCUCAUGCAGAUCCAGGGUGGAGAACAAUGCUGCUAUGCAAUAGCAAAGUUGGAAGGGACCUAGAGAACCCUGGACCAAUCCUUUUAAUAUACUAGUGGAGAAACUGAGUCCUGAGCAAAGCAACUUGGCCAAAAUUUCAUGGCUGUAUAGCAGUAGAGCUGUAAAAAAAAUUCCAAGUUCAGUUCAUUUUUUUACCAGAUAUUUUGCUUCAAAUGGCGACAUUUCAGGGACCUGACAGGUAAAUGAGGAAAUAUAUAUGUGCUUCUCAGAGCAUCCCAGUCACACAGGUACAACCAGUCUGCUUCAUCAAUGCCCAGACUCAUCUGGCCCUGGAGCUGGUGGUGUUGGUGUCUCAAAUAUCCUGAGAGAGGUGGGGACCAGCUGAGGCUUGGGGCACUGCUGAGCUUCACACAUUUCAAAAGGUACCCACAUCGAUGCUAAGUGCAUUAGAACUGGAAUAACACCUUACCUCCGAGAUCCAGAGGUAUAAAAAGUGGCUGGCAUACUGUUUAUGCCAAUGAUAACAAAAUUAAAUAGUCUUUGUCAGGCCAUUCUCUUUGCUUCUGAUGCUGGAACCUGAGGUUGGAGGAUAAGCAGCCAGGAAGGAAAGAAGGACUUGAAGUGGAAAAGAGCAAGGACAAGCUGGAACCCAUGAGAAUGGACUAAAACCUGCCUCCAAGCCUCCAGGCUGAAUGUGUGGAUGGCCCGCAAGAGAAACUGGCACCCUGCAUUAUGAAGGAAAAGCCACACCUGGCUCAGGAGCUAGGGUGGCUGUAGCCCCACCUGCUGUCCACCUCAACCAGGUGAGCCAACAGAUAAGUGACAGCAUGUGACAGCAGACCUUCCAGGGCGUUGGAGGAAUGUGGCUGCUGCUUCACCUCCACCUUCCAACCUCACACACCAGGUCUCUUCUGGCCCACACUAACCUGGGACUAGGCAAGGACAGGAAUUUUGGGAAACAUAAUUCCAGCGUAACUAAGUUGACUCAAUACAAAUCCUCCAUACAUGGGGCAAACUCUAAAGAAAAGCAAAGGAAUGAUUACCACAAAAGUUUGGGUAACAUUUAUUCAAGAGUAAGGAAAGGAAAGGGGUUCCAAUCAAGGAGGAACAUUAGGACUUUUGAGAGUACUGACAAUGCUCCCUUUCUUUCUUUCCUUUUAAUUUUUAAUUUUAUUGUGCUUUAGGUGAAAGUUUACGGUGCAAAUUAGUUUCUCAUUCAAAAAUUUAUACACAAAGUGUUUUGUGAUAUUGGUUGCAAUCCCCACAACGUGUUAGUACUCUCCCCCUUCCCCUUUACACUCCAGGUUCCCUGUGUCCAUUCGUCCAGGUUUCCUGUCCCUUCCUGCCUUCUUGUCUUUGCUUUUGGGCAGGUGUUGCCCUUUUGGUCUCAUAUACUUGAUUGAACUAAGAAGCACGUCCUCAUUUGUGUUAUUGUUUGUUUUAUAGGCCUGUCUAAUCUUUGGCUGAAAGAUGGGCUUUGGGAGUAGCUUCAGUUCUGAGUUAGCAGAAUAUCCAGGGGCCAUAGUCUCGGGGGUUCCUCCAGUCUCUGUCAGACCAGUAAAUCUGGUCUUUUUUCUGCAUUUGAAUUUUGUUCUACAUUUUUCUCCUGGUCUGUCCAGAACCUUUUAUCGUGAUCUCUGUCAGAGUGGUUGGUGGUGGUAGCCAGGCACCAUCUACUUCUCCUGGGCUCAGGCUGGUGGAAGUUAAGGUUCAUUUAGUCAAUCAGUCCUUUGGACUGAUAUUUCCCUUGUGUCUUUGGUUUUCUUCAUUCCGCUUUGCUCCAGAUAAGAUGGGACCAAUAAAUGUAUCUGAGAUGACUGAUCAUAAGCUUUGAAGACCCCAGAUGCUACUCACCAAAGUAGUAUGUAGAACAUUUUCUUUAUGAACUGUGUUAUGCCAAUUGGCCUAGAUGUCCCCUGAAACCAUGGUCCCCAGCACUCCGCCCCAGUAACUCAGUCACUCAAGGUGUUUGGAUGUGUGUAGGAAGCUUCUAUGACUUUGCCAUGGUCAAGUUCUGCUGACUUCCCCUAUAUUGUGUAUUGUCUUCCCCUUCACCAAAGUUAACAUUUGUCCACUAUCUAAUUAGUGAUUUCUCCUCCUCACCCCUGGUAACUGCCAAAUAUUGUUUUUGUUUUGUUUUGUUUUCUGUGUGUAAACCUUUUCUUGAGAUUUUAUAAUAUUGGUCUGAUACAAUAUUUGUCCUUUUGUGAUUGACUUAUUUCGCUCAGCAUAAUACCCUCCAUAUUCAUCCAUGUUGUGAGAUGUUUCAUAGAUUCAUCAUUGUAUAGUAUCCCACUGUGUGUAUAUACCAUAAUUUGUUUAUCCACUCAUCUCUUGAUGAGCACUUAGGAACACUGUCUUUCUUAACCUAGAUGACAUAUACCUGGGAUUUGUUGUAUUAUUAUUCGUUAAGCCAUUUAUAUAAUCUUUCUAUAACCUGAAGGAUAUUGCUAUAUUUCACAAUAAAAAUGCUUUUAAUCAUUAUAACUGAUCAAUCAAUCAACCAAGAGAAAACUUGUCAGAAGAAUGAAGGGACAACUCUGGUCAUUUGGAGCAGGCAUUGCAGGGAGUCAAGUGAAGGAAGGCUUUCUCAUCCUAUAGUUUGGGAGUCAGAAUUCAUCGCAUUAGAAGAAGAUAUUAUCAUCCACUACUGGUAGGGGAAGGAGCUCUGGUGGUACAAUGGUUAAGCAUCUGGCUGCUAAGCAAAAGGUCAGUGGUUCAAACCCACCAGCCACUCCACAGGAGAAAAGACAUGGCAGUCUGCUCCCAUAAAGGUUACAGCCUAGGAAACUGCCCUAUGGGGCAAUUCUGCUCUGUCUUGUAGGGUUGCUUUGAGUCAGAAUCGACUUGAUGGCAACGGAGUAUAGAAGGAGAAAGAUUAUGGUCACCCCCGUAACAGACUUCUACAGACUUCCUCUGGACCAGCAACAACACUGGUAGGAGAUUAAAUGGGUACAACCUUCAGAGAAGACAAGUUGGUCAUAUCUACUGUAAUGCACACAUCCUCUGAUCCAGGAAUUACACUGCUAUAAAUCUAUCUUACAGAAAUUCCCAUAUAGGUGAACAAAUAUAUACAGGAUAUUCAUUGCAGCAUUAUCGGUAAAAGUCAAAGCUUAGAGACAAAUUAAAUAUUCAUGAAUGCGGAACCGGUUAGACAAAUUAUGAUGGUAUAGUCAUACCAUGGAACACAUUGGAUGCAGCAGUUAAAAAAAAAAGAGGCAAAAAACAUUAUGCUAAGUAGAAGAAGCCAGACAUAGAUGACCACAUAUUGUAUGAUUCUAUGUGUAUAUGAAAUGUCCAGAAAAUGGAACUAUAUAGAGACUGGAACCAGAUGGGUGGUUCUCUGGGGCUGUGAAUGGGAACAAAGGUUCUUUUAGGGAUGAUGCAAAUAUUCUAAAUCUGGAUUGUGGUGGUGGCUGCACAACUCAGUAUAUUUACUAAAAAUCAUUGGACUGUAUACUUAAAACAGGUGAAUUUCAUGGUAGGUAAAUUGUACCUUGAUAAAGCUGUUAAACAGUCUUUAAAAAAAAUUACACCUAUACAAAUGGACAUGGGAAGAUCUUCAAGAAAUAAUGUUGAAUGAUAAAAGAAAGUAGAACAACAUGUGUUGCAAAUGUUUUGCCCAUUUGUGUGAAAUACAUUGUAAUAUUCGCAGCUUUGUAAAUGUUUAGAAAAAUGUCUUGGAAGAUAUCUACCAAGAUGCUAAUAGGUAUUAUCAUGAUGAGAGAAAUUAGAUGGUGGAGUAAUAUUCAUAACAAAUUUGUACAAUUUUACAUUGUUUCAAUUUUUUUAGUUGGGGCAGAAUUUUUCCAAAAUCGAAGGAGCCUACAAGCCUGAUUGUAGGCUUCUUUACAGACGAGGAGGCUAGGAUCUGUGGACAGGCCCAUUUCUAUGCCUUUAUAUCCUCCCACUGAACAGUUUCCUUUCUCCCCUCUCCCUUUAUUUCCUGGUAAAGUUGCUUUUUGAAAGAGGCACCUUAGUUUCAAAUGAAUUAAGCAGUAAGGGGACCUGUCAACAUUAGACCAAAAAGAACUAAGGCAGCAUGGAAGGCCGUACACCAACAGUUCUUAAAGGGCUCCUUGUUUAAAAUGGGCUCCUU